AGCGUGGAGGUGCGGUGCGGCAGUCUCAGGACGGUCACUCCACUUGGCCGCCGCAUCGCCGCACCAGCACAUCCGCUGCACGCGCAUCACUACGUGUUGUGUGAGUGAACGUAACGCGCGCUUCAGACGGCGCCAGCACUAACUUCUAACUCUCCAACAUUACGCUUCCGUCAGGAUGUCGUCAGGCAGCCGUCGGGCGUCACAGUUCCUGCAGGAGAAGGAGGAUGAGGUGCCCCAGUGGAUUCCAGGCCUCGGAGCAGACAAGCCAAAGCCACGCACUCUCGGCACCUCCUUCUUCGGGUACGUUCCCGAUGCCUUCGUAGAGAAGACACCGUUCCUGCCCUCGGAGAAGAAGGCCACCACACCCAAGGACGUGAGCAAGGACGUCGAGGAGGACAAGAUCGUGACAUCACCCGACGCCCCUCACCACCUGGACCCAGUGAACGGUGACCCCCAGCAGAGGGAGAUGGACGCCAGCAGCGACGAGGGCGUGGUGACGGAGGAGGUGGUGGUGCCGCAGCGUGUGGGCCAACGCAAGGCCGAGCCGUGGGACGCGCACACACCGGACUCGGUAGACGGGAGUGCUCAAAACCGCCUGCUGAUCAAGGGUGGCCGGGUGGUGAACGAUGACAUGAUGCAGGAUGCUGACGUCUACAUUGAGGACGGCGUCAUCAAGCAGGUGGGACUCAACCUGCAUACUCCUGGGGGCACCAGGGUGGUGGAGGCUAAAGGGCAUCUUGUUAUGCCAGGAGGUAUUGAUACCCACACCCACAUGCAGCUUCCAUUUAUGGGAACUUUUGCUGUAGAUGAUUUCUAUACUGGCACCAGGGCAGCUCUGGCUGGAGGAACCACCAUGAUAAUGGACUUUGCUCUGCCUCAACGAGGGGAGUCUCUGGUGGAGGCAUACCAUCGCUGGCGGAGUUGGGCAGAUCCUAAGGUGUGCUGUGACUAUGCCCUGCAUGUGGGAGUCACUUGGUGGUCUGAUAAGGUUGCAAACGAGAUGGAGGAACUGACUGAAGAACAUGGGAUAAACUCUUUCAAAAUGUUUAUGGCAUACAAAGACACUUGGCAGCUUGGUGAUGAUGAGCUCUUGGAGUCAUUCAAACAGUGCAAAGCGAUUGGUGCUGUUGCCCAGGUUCAUGCAGAGAAUGGAGACAUCAUCAAGGAGAAAUCCAAACAACUGUUGUCAUUGGGCAUCACUGGACCUGAAGGACAUGAAAUGAGCCGCCCAGAAGAGGUUGAAGCAGAGGCCACCAACAGAGCCUGUGUCCUAGCCAACCAAGUUGGCUGCCCUCUUUAUGUAGUGCAUGUUAUGUCAAAGAGUGCUGCUGAUGUAGUUUCCAGCAAAAGAAAGCAAGGCCAUAUUGUGUUCGGUGAGCCCAUUGCUGCCUCUCUCGGGACAAAUGGCAAUCACUACUGGCACAAGUGUUGGCGCCAUGCAGCAGCACACGUAAUGGGCCCUCCUCUUAGACCUGACCCACAGACACCCUCAUACCUUAUGGAUUUGUUGUCAAAUGGUGACUUACAGACAACAGGCACAGACAACUGCACUUUCUCAGCUUCACAGAAGGCACUUGGAAAGGAUGACUUCACCAAGAUACCCAACGGUGUGAAUGGUGUUGAGGAUCGCAUGUCAGUGAUCUGGGAAAAAGGUGUGGUGUCGGGAAAGAUGGACCCCUGCAGGUUUGUUGCUGUAACCUCAACUAAUGCUGCCAAGAUAUUCAACAUUUAUCCUAAGAAGGGCCGCAUUGCUGUUGGAUCUGAUGCUGACAUUGUGGUCUGGAACCCUCAUGCCACCAGAACUAUUUCUGCAAAGACUCAUUACCAAGCUGUAGACUUUAACAUUUUUGAGGGUAUGGAAGUACAUGGCAUUGCUGAUUAUGUUAUAUGCCAUGGACGUGUGGUGGUGGAGGAAGGAAAUGUUCGAGCAGUGUCUGGCAUGGGCAAGUUUGUACCUACCCCAAGUCACAGCCCUUAUGUAUUUGGUAGAGUACAAGAAAGAGACAUGGCAAAUGCUCCACAAAAGGUUGAACGUGCAGCAUAUGAUGGGCCAGUGACUCAGCUGAAUAAUCAGGGACUCACACAAGCUGGGGAGAGCAGCAUCAUCCCAACCAGUCAGGAGUUUUACACUCGAGGUCCGACUAGAUGUGGAGGGCUCAACCUCCAUGAUUCAAGCUUCCACGUUUCGGGUCGACAGAUAAACGAUGAUAUCAGACCUCGGACAAGCAUCAGACUGUUGUCUCCACACAAUGGCUCAUCUCUGGGUUCCCAGGUGAAUGACAAGUCUCCUAAGCGUCCAUCAGUAAAGGUAAACAACCCACCUGGUGGCAAGGCAUCAGGCAGCUUCUGGUGAAUGUUUUCAAGAUCACCUCAUGACUGCAUCAUCCUAGACCAAAGUAUUAUGAAGUCAGCCUCAGUGAACUUUAAGGAAGAUUUAGUUGGAAGGAAACAUGCCAAAAUGGAGAUGUACUAAAAAAUCCUUGGAAUUCAGAUAAAUUACUUCUUACUUAGCGAAACUGAACCUGUUUUACGUAGACGUUUAAAUAUUUAAUGCUAAUAGGACUCCUAAAAGUAGAAUACAUUUUUUUCUAAUCUUUUAUAGAUGAUAUUGAUAAGAAUAAAUCUUAAUAUUCUUGUGAAGCAUAAAAUUGUUGCAAUUGAAAAUCUGUAAGGGUAGCUAUACACACAAACUUUUUUUGUCAUAUAUGAAAUACUGUAACAUAGAACUACAAACAAAGUUGCCUUACUAAACUGAAGACACAUGCAAGAUAUUUUAUAUAUUUUUAAGGUUUCAUUAAAGAACUGAAGAUUUUUUGCGAGUAUUUUAAACACGGUAACGUGUGAAAAUACGAAUUUUAAAGUAUUUAUCAUCUUUUUUUCUCCAUUUAUAUCACUGCAGUAUAAUUUGUAUUUGAUCUGGAAGAACAUGUAAGGGAUUGAUUGUUCAUGCAUCCAUGAGACAUAAUUGUUUUGGAUUUCACAUAGCAAUGGUGUCACAUCACAAGAAUUGUUUGAACAUGCAUGUUUUUUAUUUUUUUAUUUAUGCGAAUCAUGUCAUUAUUAGAAAAAUAGAUUUAUCACAUGCUGCCAGCAUUGUUUGUGCUGUAUUUCACACUACACCUUUUCUCAUGAUGUAAGUCAAUGGCAACCAGUAAUAUUUGCAGGAAAAUUACAUAGUUGGAAUAUUACUUUGCAGGAUUACCUCUUUGCCAGAUUUGUGAUGUAAUCACCCAUAGAUAUAUUUGGAGGGUGGAAAGUAUCAUGCUAUCAUUAUCUUAUGGUGAUAGUUUUAUCUAGAACAGUCAGAUAUUAAACUAAUCAUUCUGCAGUCACAUUCAUAUCUGAAGCUCACCAUACUGAAUAUUGGUUUAGUACUGUUUAUACAUGUCUAUCCUUGGGUAUGGUCAGGUAAAGGAGAGUGCAUGUGUUUUAUCAAUAUAUGAAUUAAUUUCUGAAAAAUGUUACCAUCGAAGUGUCUCUAAUUUCUACUGAAAGACAAUUGAAUAUCAAAAUAUAAAAUUUUAUUAUGUAACAAGAUACACUAAUAAAAAAUGCACUUUGUCAUGAAUGGCACACCAGUUCAUUCUGAUAUGAUGUGCCUAGAAACAUGAGCAACAUAUGUAUUGCAGUAAUCUGAAAAAAAUAAAUAAUAAUAAUAAUGGAACUUGAAAUCAUUCUGUGAUUUACUAACACAAUGAUAAAUUCUACCAGGCAUGUUAAGGAAAAUAUCCAUGGCUUGGCAGGCUUCUUAAUGUCCUCCCUUCUCCUUUGUUGUUUUACUUGCAACAAUAAACAAUCAAUCAAUCAAUCAAUCAAUCAAUCAAUCAAUCAAUGUCAGACUUAUGUUUGCUGAUUUACUAUGUGACCAUCAUCCUUCCUGAGAAUAAGUCAUAGUACCUUGAACCAAAGUUCACCUCUGCUUUAAAUAAUAAAUGUCAUUAAUUUACUUUGAUUGGCUGUGGUACAUUUUAUGAGCUUUCAUAGCUAUCCUUUUUUAACUGGGAUGGGCACUCCAUUAUUGAAUUUUAUUUAUUAUUAUUACUAUUAUUAUUAUUAUCGUUAAUCAUAAUGAUAUAUCCUCAUCUGCAACUGUGUGAUCUUGUUGCUGCCAACAUCUAUAGUGCUCUAAAAUUGAGCCGGUGAGGAAUGACGCAGGGAUCAAGUGACAGCAAGCACAAGGUAUCCAAUCAAACCAAGGCAUGCCCACUGCCAAAGGUUUCUUUUCUGGCCUUGUGUUUGCUGGACCCUAUGCCAUGUUCCAUAGAAAUUUAGAUAGCCAUUAAACACAUUACUCAAAUGAUAAAGAGGUGGCAAUAAAGAAUGAGUUAUCAAGAUUCAUAUCUUUCAGUGCCUCCCAUGUCAGCCAGCUGGCAUUGAGGGUAUUAAGCACAGUAUAUUUAUCAUAAGUUUUGUUUAUUCACAUAAAUAAACAUGGAUGCAUGGAA